AAAUAAUAAUUUGUUGUCCGUCCACGUCACUUCUGGUGAACGGUUCAGAUACAACUAGUGCAUUCAAGGAGAGUUUCUAUAAUUGAAAAGACCGCCUGGGGGUUCUUGCGGUAUGUAAAGUCUCCUCCUCCUCCAGGCUCCAGGCAAGUUGGAAAGAGAAAAACAGGAUUGAAUUGCAAUGGCAUCAUGGAAUUCAAUUCCAUUGGAAAUCACCUACGAAACGUUUGGAUGGAUCGCCUUCUUUUCAUGGUCUAUCAGUUUCUAUCCUCAAGUAAUCAUGAAUUUCCGACGCAAAAGUGUGGUGGGGUUGAACUUUGAUUUCGUGGUGUUGAAUUUGACGAAACAUUCUUCGUAUUUGAUAUACAACGCUUCUCUUUACUUUAGCUCUGCUAUUCAACACCAGUACUUUGAAAAAUAUGGCCAUGGAGAGAUGAUACCUGUAGCUGCAAAUGAUGUUGCUUUCUCAAUUCAUGCUGUUUUGUUAACAGCAAUUACAUUAUUCCAAAUUGUAAUCUAUGAUCGUGGAAAUCAAAAGGUCUCUAAGAUUUCUAUUGCAACUGUGUGUGUUGUGUGGUUAGUUGCUGCAGUAUGUUUUUUUAUAGCUUUGCCUAGCCACUCUUGGCUGUGGCUCAUCUCCAUCUUCAACUCCAUUCAAGUUUUUAUGACUGUCAUCAAGUAUAUUCCUCAGGUGAUCAUGAACUUCAUGCGAAAGAGCACAGAUGGCUUCAGCAUUGGAAACAUUUUACUUGAUUGUCUUGGAGGGGUGACAAAUUAUGCUCAAAUGGCAGUGCAAUCUAUAGACCAAAAUUCUUGGGUGAACUUCUAUGGCAACAUAGGAAAAACGUUGUUAUCUUUGGUGUCCAUAUUCUUUGACCUUGUAUUCAUGUGUCAACACUAUAUCUUGUAUCCUGAGAACAAAGCUGUUCCUCCCAAACUCAACAAGGAGGGAACAGAGCCACUUAUCAGGUUUUCUGAGGAGCCAGCUGCGCCAGAAAAUGUGUAAGGUUAAAUUAAUAUAGGAAUGCAAUGCAUCGUUCUGUUAGGGAAAGAGGUGCAAACUUAUGUAAAUUCAAGUCAAUCUUUACACUGUUUCGUCUUCCAAAUUCACUAUCGGACGUCGAGAAUCAAUGUCUCCGAAGCUAAACUAGUUGGCCAUUGUAUAAUACAUCAGCUAUAUAUUCCAAGGCAAUUCGAAGUGUUUGAUUCUCUAA